CGGGGCUGUGAGCAGUGCCAGGGCCGGGAGUGCGUCACCCCGGCCGGGGCGGUUAGAAUUGUCGCGGGAAGAUGCUGUCUGAGUCGGGAGCGCGCGCCGCGGGGUCAGUUACUGAGCGCGCGUAUCCCAGCCCCCGGCGCGACUACUGAGCCGACCGCGGGUGCCGCCGCUCCGCUGUCCACCUACAUAGCGCGGACAGGGGGCUGCCGGAGCCCAUUCUACUUCUCGGUUGGUCCCACGUUAAAUGGAGACUAACGUGUCAUUUCAGAAAAGGCAUUUGAAUACAAAACUUCUGUAAGUGACAUGGAUAAGAAAAGGAAGAUGCAUGGUAAAAGCCACAUGCCUGCUCUUGAGAAGACCUCAAAGAAAACAUUGAAAAGAAAUAAACUGGAUUUGGAUGUAGAAGACAUUGCUUUAAUACCCACCCAGGAAUACAAAGCUAAGUCCCAUCCUCACAGUAAAUUACUUCCAUGUGAGGAACCGGAUGUCUCAAGGAUAUUGAAGAUAACUGAGACUGGGCAAGUUGAGGAGCCCGAUGAUUCAUUUGAUCACCCUUUACACAGCACUGCUGUAGAUGCUGGUGGGAAUGUGGAAUUGCAGGAAGAGGAACACAUGUCAGCUAGUGAUUCAUCUCCACAAGGGAAAAAUGCAGAAACAAGAAAAAAUCAGUGUAGCUUGAAAAUACCUGAAGAUAACAAAUCAGAGACAGAGGAUUCUGAAGAUGAGUCCCUGAAGGAGAAUAAGAUACAGAAAAAGAUAUCAGGAAACGCCAAGACCAAUGUGGAGGAAUCUAAGUUACCAUCUGCAUUAGCAUUGAGGAACAGCUCUUCAGAAAGCAGCAUAUCAAAUAAGGUUACAGAUUUAGUGAAGAAGUUGAAUGCACAAAAGAAGCCCAAGAACAGUGUUAAAUCCCAUGUGAAACCAAAGAAGUCUUCACAAAAGAGUGCAUUAGAUCCUUCUGCUGAUGAUAGCCCAUGUUCUAUACAGAUUUGGUGCCCGAAAGGGCUGAAAAGAUUUCCCCAAGAUAUUACAGAAUUGGAUGUUGUUCUGGCUGAGUAUGAGAAGAUAACUGCAGACUACAAACAAAGGGUGGAGUCUAGGAUUUGCAGGGAAGCUACUGAGGGCUUCUAUUGUGGCUUCAAGGACCAACUCACUAAUACUAUAACAGAAGUCCAGGAACUGAAGGAUUUGAAAAGAAAAAAUGCUAAGGUGAUCACAGACAUCAAUAAGAAAAGACGGCGUUUGCUGGAAGUUAGAGAAGAACUAAUUCGGACUGGGCCACAACUGAAGCAACUACAAAGAGAAUAUGCUGAACUACAAGAGAGAGAAUCUUCCCUCAGGAACGCAACCCAGUUCCUAACUGAUUUAAAGGAGGUGCAGCAACAGUAUAUAAAUUGCAGAGAAGACCACCCACAAGAAAAAGUAGUCUACGGAACUUCCAGCAUUCCUGCUCUUCUGGUGGAAUCUCAACUAAUUUUAAGAGCUGAAAGUCAUUUUCAAAAUAUCAGCACAAGAUUACAAGAGGUUCUGAAUUUGCAGAAAAAGGAGUUGCCAGAGAAAUUUUAAAUGCUUUAUACAAUAUACCUUCUUCUUGCAACUAAGCAUAGUUAACAUCAGUUAAGUGUAUUCAUAUACCUAAUAGUUAUGACAUUCCUAUUCCAUUUAGAUUUUGUAUUUGCACUCUAACUUCUGAUAAAAGAAGCAGCAAUUAUUUAAAUACUACCAUAUGCAUUUAAUAAAACAAAGCA